ACGCGGCUCAGCUCACCCGAUGCGGGGAGGACUAUGGCCAGCAGGGGGCGCUCCGGUCUGCGGCAAGCGGCAGAGGCGGGCGCUUCGGGACCCUGAGCUGCGUCCUCCCCGCGCUGCCGCUGCUGCACUUUGUUCCAGCAGUAUUAGCAGCAGAAAGCCAGACCCGGGGGGAGCAGCGUUCAGCAGCAGAGCCGCGUACCCUGCGCGCCUCCUUCCCUGAGGCUGGUUCUCUAUGCGCCGGAGCGAGCCCGCCUGGCGGGGGGACAUUCCUUGGCCACCUCGCGCCUAGGGCUGGGGGGCUUUCCCUGCCGCCCUCCCCUCCAGCUCGCCCCCGGUGCAAGGGGAGCCUGGUGGCCGCACGUCAGCUGCUGCCUGCGAGGAAGGAAAACAAGCCCCUCCAAAGUAUCCCGGGCUUUCCUUGGACGUCUCUUGUCCCAUAUUGACCAGAUCUGAUCCUGCUUUAGCUGGAGAUCUGCUAAGAUCACAACCCACGGUUGCAUUGCUGCAGAAAACUUCAUUCCACUGUCCUCCCCCAACAAAUAAACCAGUUUGGGACACGUUGGCUAUUCUCCCUGCAAACCUCAUGAAGUUGAACUUUCCCACUCAGCUGGUAUAACACAAGAGUUUGCGGCUGGUGAGGUGCAGAGGAGGUGUAUACUGGAUGCAAGCUAAUGACUUUGCAGGGCGUAUCAGAUUGUUCCCCUGAGUGAGUGAAGACCAGAAUGAAUGGACAUAUUUCAAAUACCCCUCCUAGUGUAUAUGGAAGUUACUCUUCUCAAAUAAAUGGAUAUGGUUCGCCAACGUUUGCUCAGGCGGAGAGGGAACAAAGUUCGAAAGCAAGUGCAAAGGCUAUUUAUGAGCAAAGGAAGAGUUAUGCACGGGACAGUGCCAGCAGCAUAUCCGAAACGUCACAGUAUCAUGUGGAGCACUUGACCACUUUUGUUUUGGACCGGAAAGAGGCUAUGAUAACAGUGGAUGAUGGAAUAAGAAAGCUGAAAUUGCUGGAUGCCAAGGGCAAAGUGUGGACCCAAGAUAUGAUUCUUCAAGUGGAUGAUAAAGCUGUCAGUCUGGUGGACUUAGAAUCAAAGAAUGAACUGGAGAAUUUUCCUUUGAGCACAAUUCAACAUUGCCAAGCUGUGAUGAACACGUGCAAUUAUGAUUCUAUUCUUGCACUAGUUUGCAAAGAACCAGCCCAAAACAAGCCAGAUCUUCAUCUUUUCCAAUGCGAUGAGGUUAAGGCUAGCUUUAUUCAUGAAGAUAUUGAAAGUGCAAUCAGCGACAGCAAAGGGGGGAAACAAAAGAAGAGGCUUGACACGCUCAGGAUGAUUUCCAAAGCUGACAGCUCUAUUCCUCCACCUCCAAAAGCGCCCGCUCCUGUUCCCCCAGGUACUGUCACGCAGGUGGAUGUCAGAAGUCGAGUGGCAGCCUGGUCUGCUUGGGCAGCUGAACAAGGAGACUUUGAAAAACCCAGACAGUUCCAUGAGCAUGAAGAAACAGCUGAGAUGAUGGCAGCCAGGAUUGACAGAGAUGUUCAAAUUCUGAACCAUAUUUUGGAUGACAUUGAAUAUUUUGUUACCAAACUUCAAAAAGCUGCUGAAGCAUUUGCUGAACUUUCAAAGAGAAAGAAAACCAAGAAGAAUAAAAAGAAAGGACCUGGAGAGGGGGUUCUCACUCUUCGUGCAAAGCCACCACCUCCAGAUGAAUUUGUUGACUGUCUUCAAAAAUUCAAGCAUGGCUUUAACCUUCUGGCUAAAUUAAAGUCCCACAUCCAGAACCCUAGUGCACCCGAAUUGGUUCAUUUUCUGUUUACACCAUUAAAUAUGGUGGUGCAGGCAACUGGAGGUCCAGAGCUUGCUGGUACGGUACUCAGCCCUCUCCUAACAAAGGAUACCAUAGAUUUCUUGCGUUACACUAUCAGUAGUGAGGAAGGACAACUAUGGAUGUCAUUGGGUGACACAUGGACCAAAGCCAGAGUGGACUGGCCCAAAGAUCAGUUUAUUCCACCCUAUAUUCCACGCUUCAGAAAUGGUUGGGAGCCUCCUUUGCUGAGUUUCAUGGGAGCUCCAAAUGAGCAAGAACUAAAUCAGUUGGCUGAGUCUGUGGCAAAUGUUGCAGAGCACCAACGGAAACAGGAAAUGAAAAGAAUGUCAGCUGAGCACCCCAGUGUCCCAGACUAUCCUCCAUCUGAUGGAAAUUAUGAAGCACACAGUAAGGCACAGCCCAAGAGAUAUGCCAAAUCCAAGUAUGACUUUGUGGCAAGAAACCACAGUGAACUUUCUGUCUUGAAGGAUGAUAUUUUAGAGAUCCUCGAUGACAGAAAACAAUGGUGGAAAGUUCAAAAUAAAAGUGGCCUUGCAGGGUUUGUGCCAAAUAACAUCUUGGAUCCACUGCGACCUCAGGAACCUGGUUUAGGACAUUCUGAACCUGCAUACAGUCACACCAUACAGAAACAAAGGAUGGAUUAUGUUCUGAAACAACCCGAUUCAAGUCCUGCUGCUCCAUCACCACCUCCGACACCAGCUCCAGUUCCUGUCCCUCUCCCUCCUAUUGCACCAGCACCUAUUCCAGUUCCUGUGCCAAAAGCACCAGGAACUAUUAGCCGCCAAAGCAGCACCUCUAGUGAGAGUGGUGGUACCAUUAUGCGUGACAGCCAGAGACACAAACAACUUCCUGUGGAUCGUAGGAAAUCUCAGAUGGAAGAGGUACAGGAUGAGCUUAUUCACAGGCUUACCAUUGGCCGGAGUGCUGCGCAGAAAAAGUUCCAUGUGCCACGACCAAACAUACCGAUAGUUAAUAUCACUUAUGAUUCCUCUGCUGAGGAUGUGAAAAUGUGGUUGGAGUCAAAAGGAUUCAGCCCAGUGACUGUCAAUAGCCUUGGAGUGCUGACAGGCGCUCAGCUUUUCUCUCUCAAUAAGGAUGAAUUAAAGACUGUUUGUCCUGAAGGGUCUAGAGUCUACAGCCAAAUUACUGUACAGAAAGCUGCAUUAGAGGCUAACAAUGGUAGCUCAGAACUACAGGAAAUCAUGAGAAGACGACAAGAAAAAAUUAGUGCAGCUGCCUCAGAUUCAGGAGUGGAAUCUUUUGAUGAGGGAAGUAGUCACUGAAUGUUGUUUCCUUUUAAUCCCAUUGUCCUUGGCAUUAUUCCAUCAAGCUUUGUUUUAGGAAGCAAUGAAGGGGAAUGUCUGAUUUAUUAUUAUUUUGUAGACAUAACUUGUUGCCAUAAAGAAACCAUGCAACUGGACUUGACAGAAGCACCCACUGCUGGACAUUCUUGGCACUCGAGAAAACCCUUACACCCAAACAUGAGUUUUAGCCUUGUGGAAUUAACCAUUUCGUGCUCUUUGUGGAUAAUCAGAAACACGUUGCUGCUUUUGAUUUAUUCCAGUGAAGCUGAGCCAGCAGUAAGACAUACUUGGCCUUCAGUAAUAUGAGAGUUUAAAUUCCCUCUGUCGCUGUAGUCUGUGAUUCACUCCUUUUGUCUCAGUCUCAUGCUCUGAACAGCAGGAUGUUCAGAUUUAUUUAAAAGUUCUUGAUGCCAGCAAUCAAAGACGAAAUGUUUAGAAUGCAAACAGCAGUUCAAGCCAUCGGAACAUAGGCUGAAUUUUUCUUGUACCUUGUGCAAGGCGUUUUAUUACUAAUGAAGCUGUUGAUAGCAAGAGAAUAUAUUCUGUACUUUGAUUUUAUUUCUGUUUCACUGGUUAUGAACCAUACUAUUACACAGGAAUAAAUAGAAAACAUUAACACACAAGUCAGCUUACAAAGGUGGUCAGACCUGCUUUUGAUAGCCAUAACGGUAUUCACAGUAUUUUUUUAAAAUAGACUUGCAUUUUUGUUGGUAACUAAACUAGUCAAAAGGAAAAUGUAAUCUAGACUCUUCUUGUGUGUGUUGAUCCUAAAUGUCAAAUUUUCUGUAUGUAAAAAAAAAAAAAAAAAAAAAGUUCAUUUAUAAAUUUAAUCUUUGGAAAUAUUAUUGAUUCCAGGGUAGAGAAAAACACUUUCCAGCAAAUGUUAUUUUUGAAAACACAAUUUUUGUCACAAAAUGUUCUAUUGUUUCACAUGUAUAAAGACUGACACGUCAUUUAGAAAGAUUUCAUCAUCUAGUUUCAUUAAUUUUCAUAGUGCCUUUUUCACAUGAUUCAGCUGAAAGUCUGCAAUAAACAGUGUUUGAUGUAUGUUAAAUAGUUGUAUCUUUGUUGUUACAAACAGGGAGUUGAGGCUAGGAACCAUUCCAGAUUUUGUGCUUAGAGUAUGUUCUCUAUAUACAUACUAGAAAAAUAAAUAGUUUUUUGUAA